ACCAUGGCUGCAAGCAAUCUGAGCGGAUGGCCGGCACAUGACACUUUUGGUGUAUUUUUCUGGUUUCGAUGCACCGCUCAGAUUUUCACCAGGUGGUUCCGAUCCUCGACCACAGAAAACAGUUGUAGACAGACCGACGAGUUCCCUGAUUCCGGCACUGAGUGCCAGGUAGUGCCAUAGCUUCCUUGGCCCGAGAAGGUGCUUAUUGCUAAGGCUGUUGUUGGUCAGUCAGUGCUCAUUUGGAUGUAGGUGGAAGGAUAUGGAUCCCAACCACAGCGCUUGCGCCGAAGCCGAGCUGCAGCAUGUGGUUGUGCAGCUGCCUCACUGCAGGGGCAGUGGCUCAUCUUUGCCAGAUGAAGGCUUUUCGUGCCACUGUCUUCCAGAAGUUGUUCGAUGUGAUUCAAGCAGGACCGGCGAUUUGGCCUCCAGGACGCACGAUGGAGAGUGCUAGCAGAACAUUGGUGCUUUUGGGUUUUCCCAAACCCAUCGGUGAGAUGGGCAAAUAACGAAGCAAGUGCCAGCAAUUCAGGCCUCGAAGUUCGCACAAUGACUAGCAAGCGGAAAAGAAUCAGUUGCCAUUGCAACAGACCUGAGUUGGAUGUCCUCCUGCGAUUUCACAGAUUUGGCGAAAGGAAUGCAAAUCGGUGCGACUUAUUUGAGGCCAUAGAUAAACUUGACAUGUGAUGACAUGAGUACAUGCUCAGUGCUCGAACCCAGUUGUUUUUUUUUCGACAUGCAGGCUCAAAAAGGUGUCAGAUUACAUGGUUCGAGCACGGUCUUGGACCACUUUGAUCUCCUUGCUCUGCCUCGCCAUGCAGGGCGCUUUGAAGUCUUCCCCAGCCUUGGUGGUGAGAUCUUCAAGACAUCUUGGCAGUGCAAGUUCCUGCUAUGCAGCCAUGAAGUCUUGCCACCCUUGGCUGCAUCCUCAGAACCCAUCGAGGAAGUGAGGAUUCCUGGCCGGUAUAAAAAUUGGUCGAAAAAUACGCGAACGAAGGUUUGGCUUAAGUCGACAGACUUCAGGUUCUGAAAAAGUUUUUAAAGGCAUGGCCCAAAUCGACCAGAGUAUGCCCAGGAUGGACCAUGUACGCUUGGGAUGUAUGCUUUCCUUGAGCAUUCAGUAUCCUCGAAGCCUGAUGUGUGAUGGAGUACUAAUUUUAAUUGAAUCGCUUUGGCUGGCAGGUUUGCAGUGCAAAGUG